CUCUGCUUGAUUCCAGAUUGUAUAUAAGGCUUUGCUUCUCCUUCCCCUCUUCACACCUUGCGACCUGAAUGCGACCAUUAUUAUCGCUUCAAUCCCUUGCAUACUGUGCCCUCUUACCCGGGUGUCAAUUCCGCACGUUGCCUUCUAUAUCUUUCCGAGGUUCGCACGUUGGGUUGACGGGCCGCAAUCCGAACCUUAUCCCUUGUUCUGCGCCUUCAAUCGCCUAAAGUGAGGCAUGUCCUUUGCGGAGCACUCGGAUUUUGUUCUAUUCCCGAAUCCUCUCCAAUCCAAGAUGCUCGCCCUCGAAGCCGCCAGACCUAAACAAUACUUCCAACCCAUGAUGGAUCCCAACAUGGAAAUGCUCCAAUACUCUAUGGACAUGCAGCAAUAUGCGCAGAACAUCGACUUCUCUCGAAUUCCCCAUUCAUACUUCGAUACCCCAGCUCUCUAUUCCGAAGCCGAAAUGCACAAACACUCCAAUUUCCCCUCGAUGCCCGCCACACCUCCCUCCAUCACAACAUCAUAUGCCACAGAACCACAAAUUCCCACAGGGUCCGCAGCAUCAGGGCCGUCCAUUGCCAGCGCACCCUCCUCUGCAAUUGGAUCCCCAUACUCUGGACCCACACAGGUGUUCCAAGAGAACUGGCUUAACACCAACCAUGGACUCGGGUUGCCGGCGGCUGUGAUGUCUGAUAUCUUCCCCAAUGACUACAUGGGGAAUCCAGGUGACAUGGAUGGGUUAUAUCGGGAGAAAAUCCCAGAUCCUUUUGUUGAUCCAUCUCUCAUUCAUCAGAAUAUGCCUAGCCACAACCUCAUGCCUAGCAUCUCAUAUCCCGAGCAAAACGCUUACGCUGCCGUUCCCACUAAUUUCCUCCCUUGCUCCCCAGCCACAUCACCCGUCCCAUACAGCGACAAUGUGGAGCAACAUUCGCCCGGUCUCCACCCAAUUCCUCAGCCUUCCCCCCUGAUGAUGAAUUCUGGUUUCCACUCCGGGCCUCCGUCCGUAUAUGACCGACGCUCUUCAAUUUCUUCCACCCAUUCCCGUCGCUCCCGACAGAGCCCCGCUUUGAGCAGCAUCGAAGGCGAUGAUGUCAAGGAGAAGGGCCAAUGCCCUUUCGCAGAGUGCGGCCGUGUCUUCAAGGACUUGAAGGCUCACCUGCUUACCCACCAGUCCGAGCGGCCAGAGAAGUGCCCCAUCAUGAACUGCGAGUACCACAUUAAAGGCUUUGCCCGCAAAUACGACAAGAACCGUCACACCUUGACCCACUACAAGGGCACUAUGGUCUGCGGUUUCUGUCCCGGAACUGGCUCUUCAGCUGAGAAGAGCUUCAACCGCGCUGACGUCUUCAAGCGCCACUUGACCUCCGUCCAUGGCGUGGAGCAGACUCCACCUAACUGCCGCAAGCGCAGCCCGGGUGCCUCUGCGAAGAAGGGUACAAACUACCCGAGCGAUGCCACUGGCAAGUGUUCGACUUGCUCGUCGACAUUCAGCAACCCCCAGGACUUCUACGAGCAUCUGGAUGACUGUGUCCUGCGCGUUGUGCAGCAGGAGGAGCCAUCGGAGGCAAUCAACCAGCAACAUCUGGCUGACGUUGCUGCCGACGAGGAGGUGAAGAAGACGAUGGAAAAGCAUCGGUUACAGGAUACAACUGGUUCCGUUGAGCAAUACGAUGAUGAUGAUUCCCACGACGAUAACGACUCUUAUGACCUCUUGAACUUCCGCACUGGUCGGAAUUCCAAACCCAAGGGCUCUCGGGCUAUCAUCGGUAAUGGCAAUGCUAUUACCAAGAACACUUCCUCUACUGCAUCUGGGAAGGGUCCCCGACCUGUGGUGACUCGCCGUCGCAACAACCGGGGAAAUUACCCCCAGUCCUGGGGAUGCCCCAAUAGCAGCAUGAAGACCAAGAAGCGUGUUCUCUGUGUCUUCAGCGGGCAGCGCCGCCUGUGGAAGGACGAGAUGAUGCUAAACAACGAGUUCGAGGUCCGUUUACCACUUCUAGCCGGCGCAGGUGACGGUACCAACCGUGAUGCCUAUGUCACUGAUCUGGACGUGGAGACUCUGAAGCGUGCUGAGGGUGUACUCAGCGCCAGCGAAGAGGAGCGUGGUCCUUGGAUCAAUGGCCCAUCUACUCAUCUAAUGGGUCAGCCAGCAAGACUUCUCCCCGAUCUAUUCCAGCCUGAGGAUGAUCUGUCGAUCAAUGACCUCAUGGCUUGA